AUGGAUGACUAUAGAAGAACUAUCAGAAUCAAAGAAGGCACAAUCACAGCAGGAUUCCCCUUCAAUGAAAACGUUGGCAAACUCAAGGAAAACUUCAACAUUGCCUUUCGCCGGAUGCAGGCUCUCCUUCGGACACUACGAAGCGACGACAAAAAGCUUCAGCUCUACAACAGCACCAUUGAAGACUACAUUAAAGAAGGAAUCAUCGAGGAAUGUACUCUACAACCAGCAGGAGUAACAUCCUUCUACCUUCCACAUCGACACCACAUUGAAGAGCAGGAUACUCCGAUUACAAAGGAACUAUCUAAGUCUCUCUACGUUGACAAUGUGUUGUUAGAAGGCAACAACCCGCAAGAGCUUAUAGAGAAAUACAUUGCUUCGAAAGAGCUCUUCUCUUCUAUCGGAAUGAACCUCCGCGACUACUUGUCAGAUUCUGCCGAAGUAAACGCACAAAUCAAGGACUUGGAUAGAGCAAAAAGCUGCGAACUCAAAGUGCUCGGAAUUAAGUGGAAAGCUGACGAUGACACCUUAAUCAUGGAAUGUGCAGACAAAGAACAAAUCAAGGUCACUAAAAGAUCUGUACUCAGCCAAAUAAACGGAUUCUGUUUCGACCCGCUUGGACUGCUUACGCCCUUGAUGAUACCGGCGAAGAUAUUCCUGCAGGAUAUACACAAACAAAAGUUAGGGUGGGACACAAUCCUCCCUGAAGAACAAAUCCAGAGAUGGAAAGCAAUCAAGGAAGAUAUCGCCGGAUUCAAGAAAGCCAUACCACGCACAGUGCUGAACAAAACUCCCGAGGCCAAAUAUAUGCUUUCUGUAUUUGUUGAUAGUUCCAAACGAGCUUACGCCUGCUGUCUUUAUACGACUACAUCAACGAAGAAUGGUACGAAGAACACAUCACUCUUCACGGCAAAAGCGAAAGUCGCGCCUAUCAAGAAGGAACAAACUAUUCCGAGACUAGAACUGCUGUCAAUAUUUCUCGGACUAUCUGUGGCCGAAACAACCAUGUCAAAAUGCGGAAUAAACUUCACCGAAGUCAACCUGUUCAGCGACUCAACGAUCGCACUAUCAUGGAUAGCUAGCAACAAAAAGCUUCCACCAAUUGUAACCACACUAGUUCAGAAAAUCAGCUUCGCAGCAGAAAGGAUCAGAGAAACAGCCAAACUCAACUUCUUCCAUGUUCCAACAGAAGAGAAUGCCGCGGAUUGUGCCACAAGAGGAAUUAACAAGCAAGACUUCGCUGCUUGCAGUUGGUGGAAAGGACCAACUUGGCUCAGUUACCCCGACGAGGAAUGGCCAGUACGUCCCAUCAGUGACGUCAAAGACAUUGACGAUGACGAGUGCGAAAUGCUCAUUCAACAUACUACAGAGGAUCUCAACAAAAGCGAAUCCGACUGGCCAAUUGAUACAAUAAGCAACUAUCCCAGACUGAAGAGGAUUGUGGCAUACUGUCUACGUUUCAUCCGCAAGGCAAGCAAAAAUACCCGCUUCAAGAUCGCAGAUGAAGAUCAAGUGACAAGCCGUUUGCCAAAUGCAGCUGAAGUUAUCCUUGCUGAAAAGCAAAUCGUCUUGCAAGAGCAACGGAUUUACGGCGCAGCUCUCGUUUCAAAAAACGUUUCAAAAAGUUCAAGACUGUGUUCGACAGCGAUGGAAUCCUACGAAAGUGUGGACGCAUACAACGUGCUGAAGUCCAGUCAGAGUUAG